AUGCAAGAAGUGAUGAAUCGCGGUCAGCUCCUUUCUGAUGAUAUUAUCUUCGAUCUUCUAUCAAAACGGCUAGAGCAGGGUGUUGUCACGGGCGAAGGUGGUUUCAUUCUGGACGGAUUUCCUCGCACAGCCGUACAAGCAGAGGUAUUGGAGUCCAUGACACAGAUUGACCUGGCUGUGAACCUGACCCUUCGGGAGGAAGUCCUGGUUCAGAAGAUGCUGGGGCGUAGAUUAUGUUCAGACUGUGGCGGUAAUUACAAUGUUGCUAACAUUGACAUUCCCGCACAAGAUGGAAAGCCAGCCAUUUUCAUGCCUCCACUGCCAGCACCAGCUGGUUGUGAAGGCAAGCUUGUCCAAAGGGCGGAUGACACAGAGGAAACAGUUCUGGCUCGUCUGAAGGUUUAUGAAGAACUGAGCAAACCUGUGGAGGACUUCUACAAUGAAAGAGGCCUCUUGAUGGAAUUCGAAAUCACGGUCCAAGAUGCUCGCCAUACAUCGGCUCAGGUUAUUGCUAAGAUCGCUGCCAUUGAGCUUCCACGGAAUGAGUGGCCUGAACUCGUCGUAGGCUUGCUCGGUAACAUGGGGUCGCCAACCCAACCGCAGCCAGAUCACCUGAAAGAGAGCACUCUUGAAGCUCUGGGAUUCGUUUGUGAGGAGAUCGCCGGGACUGACUCUCUGGCUCAAGAGCAGGUCAACAGUGUGUUGACUGCUGUUGUGCAAGGGAUGAACAAGACGGAGCCGAACAACGAUAUCAGGCUGGCUGCUACAAGAGCACUCUCCAACGCUCUUGAAUUCGCGCAAACCAACUUCGAAAACGAGGUGGAGCGGAACUACAUUAUGACGGUCAUCUGUGAAGCGUCGCUGUGUCCUGACGUGAGGGUUCGGCAAGCUGCAUUUGAGUGCCUGGUGGCCAUCUCGUCGACCUACUACUCGAAGCUCGCGCCGUACAUGAACGACAUUUUCCAGAUCACGGCCAAGGCGACGAGAGAAGACCAGGAACCCGUUGCGCUUCAAGCCGUGGAGUUAUGGUCGUCGAUCUGUGACGAGGAGAUCGAGCUACAGGAAGAGUACACGGCGGACUCUGAGGUCACGAAUUUCAAUUUUAUUAAGCAGGCUCUUCCGGCGCUCGUUCCUAUGCUGCUGGAGACCCUGACGAAACAAGAGGAGGGUCAGGAUUCGGAUGAAACGGCUUGGAAUCUGGCCAUGGCUGGAGGUACCUGCUUGGGUCUGGUCGCCAGAACGGUCGGGAAUGAUAUCGUUCCGCUAGUCAUGCCGUACGUCCAGGAGAACAUCAGCAAGCCGGAAUGGAGAAACAGGGAAGCUGCGACGUACGCGUUUGGAUCUAUCCUCGAGGGUCCUGAUACGGAGCAGCUGGUACCUCUGGUGAACAGCGCGCUGGGAUUCAUGCUGAAUGCGAUGAAGGACGAGAAUGCGCAUGUGAAAGACACAACAGCGUGGACUCUCGGCCGGAUCUUUGAGAUCGUGCACGGAUCUUCACCAGAGAACCCGAUUAUUAAUGCGACGAAUCUCCCAGCCAUCCUGGCUGUCCUGAUCGAGAGCCUCAAGGACGUUCCGAAUGUGGCCGAGAAGGUGUGCGGAGCGAUCUACUUCCUCGCGCAAGGGUCGGAAGGCAGCGAGGGAGCGCUGUCCAUGACUCCGUAUUUCCAGCCGCUCAUCACGGCGCUGCUGGCUACGGCCGACAGGGAGGACGCGUCGGACUCGCGGCUGAGAUCGUCGGCGUACGAGACGCUGAACGAGAUCGUGCGGUGCUCCGGGGAUGACACGGCGGCGACGACGGCGCAGCUGACGCCGGUGAUCAUGGAGAAGCUGGCGCGGACCAUGGACAUGCAGAUUAUCUCCACGGACGACCGCGAGAAGCAGAGCGAGCUCCAAGCGCUGCUGUGCGGCGUGCUCCAGGUGAUCAUUCAGAAGCUGGGAGGUAACGACACGACCAAGACGGGAGUGACACAGUACGCCGAUCAGAUGAUGGCUCUCUUCCUCAGAGUCUUCGCCUGCCGCAAUGCCACGGUGCACGAAGAGGCCAUGCUCGCCAUUGGAGCCCUUGCGUACUCCACAGGCCCCGACUUUGGCAAGUACAUGCCCGAGUUCUACCGCUACCUGGAGAUGGGUCUGCAGAACUUCGAGGAGUACCAGGUGUGCGCAGUAACUGUAGGCGUGGUGGGCGACAUCUGCAGAGCGCUGGACGAAGCCGUGUUACCCUACUGCGACGGCAUCAUGACGCAGCUGCUCAAAGACCUCUCCUCGGACCAGCUCCACCGCAGCGUGAAGCCGCCUAUCUUCUCCUGCUUUGGGGACAUUGCGCUGGCUAUUGGGGAACACUUUGCUAAGUAUCUUGCUUACGCGAUGCCGAUGCUGCAGAGCGCGGCGGAGCUGUCGGCGCAGCAGGGGAUGAAUGACGUGUGGGACGAGGUGGUGGAGUACAACAACCAGCUGCGCGCGGGGAUCUUUGAGGCGUACUCAGGGAUUUUCCAGGGGUUCAAGGCGACGAAGCCGGAGCUCAUGGCGCCGUACGCGGAGCACAUCCUGCUGUUCAUCGAGAAUGUGUACCUGGACAAGCAAAGGUGCGUCGUUUGGGGAGAUGGGGUGGGGAAGGGUGGGUAG